AUGAAUGCCAACUACCCUAUUUACAUACAAGAAAUUAAAGAGAAUUGUGAUCCCUUAAAAGACAUUUAAUUAAGUCACAAAAAAUCUCUUCCUCAUAUUAUUGAAUCCAUUACAUAAAAGAUUCCUUAAGUCAAAAAAUAAAGCAUCCAUAAAAUAUGUUCUUAACAAGUAUGCUUAUCUAUUUAAUUUUAUAAUUGUAGGAAUAAAGAAUUUAUUCUAACAUUCACAAACUCAAAAAAUAUAAUCUACUCAAAGAAAUUGGACAUGUAAAUCCCCAACUUCACUAAGAAUUGCAAAACACUAGAAAUUAUUAACUUCCUGAAAAAUUAGGUAAUAUUAAAUUAUUACUCUAUUAGUUUAAUAUCAGAAAAUCUAAUAGUCAUAAGGAGAACUCAAUAUUGAGAAUUAAGAUUCCACAAAUAACUUAAAUGAUUGCUAUCUAUAAGAUGAUAUUAUGUGUUCAAAUAGGAAGAUAUUACUGAAACCUUGCAUGCGAAACAUUAUGGAUGACUACGAAAAUCGUUAUAAUGAAUAUAGUGACUCUUACAUCAAUAAAUAUUUGGAUCUGAAUUGA